UGGACAAGGCGUCUCCCUCCUAAGGAGAAGAUUGCGGGUUCGAGUCCCGCCGAGAGCCAAAGACGGGACCCGCGCGCCGCUCCGCAGGUGGCCCGGCCGCAUGAACUUCGGCGGCACGGCCCAGACCAAGCGGACGCAGAUGGUCGACCGCAUGGCGCUGCGCUUCUCCAAGACGGACCCGGGCAAGUGCAAGUUCGAGGGCGAGGGCGCCAACCGCGUCGGCAAGUACGUCGUCACGGGCACGGGCGCGUUCCGCGACGGCGGCUGGGACCUGGAGUGCGAGCGCGUCUACACGCCGAACGCCCCGGCCCUGCCGCCCGCCCCGGCGGCGGGCAAGCGCGCCAAGGCGAACCCGCUCGCCUUCGCGGGCGCCGGCCCCGCGCUGUCGCCGCGGCAGCCGCGCGCCUCCGCGCCGAAGAAGGGCGCCUGGGGCGCGGCGCAGCGGGACGCCGCGGCGGAGGAGGGCGGUGCGCGGAAGAAGGCGCGGCGCGGCGGCGCGUCCGCCGCCGCGCAGGCCCUCGACCAGCGGCCGACGCUCGUCGUGCUCUACCCGCAGCCGGGCCCGGGCGGCAACCCGCUGACGGCCUACAAGUACCCCUCGCUCUCGGCCGCGAAGAAGCGGGCCAAGGGCCUGGUCGAGAACGUGCAGUUCACGAUCCGCGUGCCGCCCGAGGGCGGCGACGGCGUCGUCUUCCCGCCGGAGGGCGAGGACGCGCUGCGCUACCUGGCCGAGGCGAUCGGCCACAAGGCGCUGCCGCCGCAGCCCGACGUCCAGAUGCCGCCCCACGUCGUGACCUGGGACAUCGACGCGCCGAACGCGAAGCGGCGCCCCUGGGCGGCGAACGUCGCCGCCUUCUCCACGGAGCAGCGCGCCGCGGCGAUGAUGCGCCACCUCUACCUGACGGCGGGGCCACGCCUCAAGUACGCGUGGUGGGGCCGCUUCGACCCCGGAUCCGCGGCGCAGACGGCGACGCCGCAGUGCCGGCUGACGGGCCUGGGCCAGUUCGAGCCCACGUUCCCGGUCACGUCGCUGGCCGUGCUCGAGGACCUCCAGAAGGGGCCGCCCGCGGCGGCGGCCUAGCCGACGGCGACCCGGACCCACGUCGCCGUCGAGACCAACUACAAAAACCGAAAAAACAUGGCGUGGCCGGCGCCCCGGCCUCCCGUCGCGACCCGUGGCACCACGGCGGCGCGCGGCGGAGACCCUCUCUUUACUACAAGUUUCUUAGACUAUAUAUACCUGAUUCGCCGGGGCCCUUGAAGCGGACGCGCCGUGG